CCCUGUUUUUCUCUUUACAUUUUCUUCAAUCUUUCCUAAUAUAAGUAAAAUGAAGGUCACCACUAUUUCAGCCGCUCUCGUAGCUACUGUUGCCUCUGUUUCUGCUGCUGGCAAUUUCACCAUCACUGAACCCUGGGGAAACACCACUUGGCAAGCUGGUCAAACUGGUACCGUUGCUUGGAAGUCUGACCGUGCUGUCGCUAAGGAAAAGUGUGAAAUUCACUUGUUGACUGGUUCUGCUACCGAUGCUACUUUCGUUACCAACUUCACUGCUAAUGGAAACUUAGUUCCGUGUAACUUCACUAAAGCUAAUCUCCACCCUCUUCCUGACUAUCCUUCUGGAGAUUACUUUGUUCGUAUCGGUCCUAAUGGUGGUAAUACUGACUAUUACGGUUACUCUGGCACCUUCAAGUUCAUUGGUAAUGGUACUGUACCCAUUGGUGCCACCACUGAUCUUCCUGCCCAAACCACUGUUCCCAUCCAAACUGCUGCUCCCACUGGUUGCGCAGUCACCGCAGCUCAACCUACUUCUGCCGCUUCUCAAACCGAUGCCCCCUCUGCCGUCGAUCAAUCCUCUGAAGCCCAACCUACCGAGACACAAACCGCUACUGAAGCCCAACCUACUGAAGCUCAGCCCUCUGACGCUCAAUCUACCGAGACUCAAACUGCUACUGAGACUCAAACCGCCACUGAACAAGCUCAGCCUACUGAUGCUCAAUCUACUGACGCUCAAUCUACCGAGACUCAAACUGCUACUGAGACUCAAACCGCUACUGAACAAGCUCAGCCUACUGAUACUCAAACUGCUACUGAGACUCAAACCGCUACUGAACAAGCUCAGCCUACUGAUGCUCAAUCUUCCUCUCAACCUGUUGAGACACAAGUUGUGACCGAGACUCAAACCGCCACUGAACAAGCUCAGCCCACCGAAGGUCAAGAUCAAAACCAACAACAACCUCAAGAUCAAAACCAACAACAACCUCAAGAUCAAAACCAACAACAACCUCAAGAUCAAAACCAACAGCAGCCUCAAGAUCAAAACCAACAGCAGCCUCAAGAUCAAAACCAACAGCAGCCUCAAGAUCAAAACCAACAGCAGCCUCAAGAUCAAAACCAACAACAACCUCAAGAUCAACAAAACCAACAACAACAGCAAUAAAUUGAUUGCUACUCAAUAAAUAUUCUUUGAAUAUAUAAAACCGUACAUAAAUAUAUUUAAUUACAUAUAAUUAUUAGUCUUACUCCCGUGUAGUUAUCUUCAUUACUAUUGGUCAAAAUAAUAAAAAUAUAAUCCUUUCACCCCCUCAUGUUUUCUAAUAUGCACAUUAACGUGAAAUGCAGGGUGACUCUCAAUGUAUUUACCAA